AUGCAUAUACUCACGCCUAAUCACGUCCAGCUCAUCUCCGCGUGCUACCCACCCUCCUCUGCGCUCCUUACUGCCGGUCCCGACUACUCGCCAAACUCACAAGAGCUCUCUCGCCUCACCUACUACGCUGCGAAUCGCCCCGGAAAGAUCAGCAAACUCGGGAAUGAGCUGGAGAGGCGCGCAAAGACGGACAGCAGGAAGGCCGCGGCGGGCAAUACGAGGGCACGAGCGUCCCUCUUAAUCACAUUGGCUAUCUUCAAAGCCAUUGCGGCGGAAUGCCGCAGAGAUCUGGCGUUGCUCUCACCAUCCUUGCUAUCUUCUGUCAAUACUACCCUAUCGGCUCUGCCGACGGACCUUGAAAUUGCGGCGAGAGCUGCUACAGUGUUCACGGCAUGGACGACCUACACCGACGGCCUUAUUAUCGGUGGGGACCAGAGAGUAACGGAAGAUUAUAUGUCCUGUCUGAAACAUUUUGCGCGGCUUUGUGAUGUCGACCUGACAGACCACGAAACCCGUAACCGCACACGACUGGUCGGUCUUGCUGCCUUCAUCGGCACAGUGAGCUCGGAGGCGCUCUACCACUCUCAAACCUACUUUCAGACACAAGUACAAAUCCUCAUGCGCGCUAUCCUUCCCUUACUCUUCCAAGUCGACGUCGUUGUGUUAGAACAGCAACUAGCGGACAUCAAGGAGCAGCCGAACUCGCCCAUCCUGGACGAGUUCCGUUCGCGGCCUAUGCUGGAGCGGAGAGCUGCCUCCAUUCACGUCCACAUAGACGGCGACCAGGGCCCAACUUCCUCGGAUGUGGCCAACACCGCACUACGUGCGACCUCGACCCUUUUGGGGCAUACGAACGGCAUCCAAGCCUCUGCUGUGGUCAAAGCAGCUCUUGAUACACUCGACGAGAAGCGCCGGUGGGAUCAGGUCGACCACUGUCGCUGGCUGGCUGAGAAGUGGGCCGAGUGGACACAAUACCAAUACCGGUACGGUAUUCCGACGCGGCUGGUGGAGUGUUUGGCGGAAGGCCAAGACACGCCACAACCGUCGGCGAAGCAUUCGACAUUGGCGGCGAUGAUCACGACAGUAUUUACAUCGCCAACGCCUCUGGUGAACCUGUCGACGUCUGAUAUCAUUGCCAGUCUUAUCUCCAUCACCUUACGGAGAAUUACUCUCUCUCCAGAAGAUGCACUCCUACCCGCGCUGGUCGAGUGCAUUUCAUCACUAGGCACGCAUGUCUACUAUGCGGACCAAAUCCAGGACCUCGCUGGUGAGCUAAUCAGCCGGCUUGUCAUCGUGGAAGCGAACGGGCUCCCUGGUGCAGUGAAGGCGAACCUAGAACAAGCGCGCACACAGGCCGUCCGCUGUCUCCUCGCAGGGCUUCUCGGACUCAUCCACGCGGCAGACCUCCAUGACGCAGGUAUCGAUCCCGAGGACGAGAAGAAGGCAGUUGGGACAGCGGCCGCCCUGCCCGCUGUGGCCGAGCCGAGCCGGACGUCCCAGGAGGGCCAUAUCCGUCCCUCCCGGAGAACGAAGGUCACGCCGGAGACAUGGCAGGACACGCUGUCGCUGCUGUGCGACCGCGACUAUGCCGUCCGCGCGGACUACGCGAAGGCGUUGGUAGAGUACGUCGAGACGGAGAUACCGAAGUUGGGGGACAAGACCGACUCGGACGGUGUGAGGCGACCGAGACCUGUGGUGGAGGGGCCUGUGCGCCAGGCGAGCACCAUCAAUGCUCUGCUGUAUGGCGAUUCCACGACUCGCUUUCUCAACGCGCUGCACGCGUAUGUCUAUGCGCUAGCCACCGUUGCCAAACUUGGCCUGCUUAGCAGCUCGUCCUCCCCUGAACGCACGACGCCCGCACCCACUGCAGACGGGGAAGAGCAGGCCAUGUCUAACGGCGCAAAACGCGGCGCACCAGCGAUGGACCGCCCGUCGAUCAGCUUUCCGCCCCGUUCACGUCGUACUUCGCUCGUCAGCCGUCUGCUGAGAGAGGCCCCCGCGAAGCUAUCAGUGUCGGCCCACGUCGCUGCGGAGUUCUCGGACUUUGGCAACAUCCUGGCGGUGCUGACAGCGGUGCACGAGCACCUGCCCGUCCGGAGCCUCUUGAUCGGAGUGCCUAUGCUCGUCGCGCUGGAGCGCGCGACAAGAGUGGGUAACGAGGAGGCGUUGGACGCUUCCACUGCUCCGGUCCUCCGGUCAAUAAAGGAGCUUGUCGCCAAGACGUGGCUCGUCAUUGGCCGGGUGUGGAGUUGUUCUGCCGUCACGGGGCUCGCGGAGAAGGCUCUAUCUGCCCUUCCUUCUGCAGCGCCAUUACCGAGUCUGCCGGACUGGCAGUUCGGCACUUUGCAACCCCCGCAGCAGCCCAUACCCUUCCCUGUUGAUCUCGAGAUUCGGGAAUCGUUACCGGACAUCGACACAGACGCUCUCGUGAGCGCCAUCGCCGGGAGUGACUACGUUCAGGAGGCUACUGGCCUCGGCCUAUCUGACCUGCUCCGCCGAUUAGACAGUGCGGAAUGGAGCGCGGACGGAGCGUUUCGAGAGUCGAUGGAGACGAAGCGGCGGUUCGACUCCUUCUCGGGGGACAACCUCUCGCCCCUCGUCAAGGUCGCGCCCACACUCAUGCACGCAGAGAACCUGUCGAUGCAGAGCCUCGCGCGCUCCGGCCGUGCGGUGGGUGUCACUGACCUCCGCGAGGCGCUCGAGGGGCGGAGCAGCAUGUCGAACCCGAACCUCGUGGCGGGGCGGGUGCCGUCGAUCUCGACGCUCGACCACACGUCGAGUGUGUUCCCGGAGGGCUUUGGGAAGCUGACACCCACGCGGUCGCGCCCGCAGCAGCGCGUGAAGCCGCGCCCGGGCGAGGUCAAGGACGUGCUGAACAAGUUGGGGAUCGGGAAGCAGAACGCGGGGAAGGCGAACGGGGGCACGGUUUUGAAGUCGUCGUUCCAGGCGAUUCAGAAGACGCAGUCGAGAACGAACAGGACCCCGCCGGCAUUCCCUCCAUACACGACAUGAUGCAGUCUUCACAUCUAACCCAUCUGGUCGCUACUCAUACGGAGACCACGUAUCUUAUCGUAAGCAUAUCCUACUCUUAUACUGCGUCGCAUGGACAUUGUCACUGUCAUGGAGGGGCUGGAAUGGACAGUCAGAGGCAAAAUAGUUGGUAACCUGAUAUUCUCAGUUCUAGGUGGUCCCGUAGCUUUCCGUGCGCUUAGUUGUUUAUCGUUAGUUGUUCUCACAUCUCCCAUAUACAGUUAAGUUUGGUAUCACCCAGGGUUUCAUCACCGAAACAAAUAAUUUACUUGCUCCUG